AUGAUCGACUCAUUGGAUAUCGCUUUUCUUCUGGCUGACAAAUCAACAACGAAUCUUUUCCCAUCUGUUGUUACACAUCUCAUCUCAUCGAUUAUCAGUCCAUUAAUUGAAAACGAUUACGAUAUUCGGCUAGCUUUGAAUACAUACAAGUCAACAGAGAAUUCUUCAAUAGCAAUCACUCAUCCAUUUACGAAAUCAAUCCAUCUGUUCAAAGAUUACUUAUCCAUGGAUAAAAUAAAUGCUCGACAGGAAAAUAUUCAACUUAAAAAGAUGUCCAUCUGUAAAACAUUGAUGUUCUUUCGAAUGAAAAUUCUUUCUAUCAACAUUUUAGGUGACAUUCUUCGAUCUGCAUUUCGUUUUGAAUGGCGUCCAACAAGUUCCGAUUGUUUCCAUGAAAAUGUGGUUUUUCUGAUAACUGAUGAUGUACCUUGCCGAGAAUUUCUCAAUCCAUCCAAAGCUCAUGAUCCUGAUGCACCUUGUGCUUGUGAUCAACUCGAAAAAAUCUCCAAUGAUUUCCUCGAUGGAAAUUUUACAUUGAUCGUCAUUGGCGUUGGUGAAUUAGUUAGCAUUUGUGAUAGUUUAUACGCUGAUACAGCUCGAAAUACAGGUGGAGAGUACAUUCCAUUGACCAAUGCCGCUCGUGUGUUACAUACAGUUGUCGAGUCAGUUAUUUCGCAAGGAUAUACAGUCUCCCAAUCACUUCGCCAUAUAAAGGAAGAAGAAUAUGAGAAGAAUUCGUCGUUUUGCUGUUCCAGAUUAAGCAAACGAAAUCAAUGUGAAAUGAAGCAUUGUCAAGUCAUGGCACACAAAGGCGUUUGGUUAUUAAAUCGUUGUCGUCAACCAAGUUAUUGA